AUGCCUGAAGUUUAUAUAAUUUCUGGAUGUAGAACACCCAUUGGCAGUUUUAUGGGUCAAUUUGAGAAAUACUCUGCUGUUGACUUGGGGACCAUAGCUAUAACAGAGACGAUUAGGCGAUCAAGUUUAUCACCUGAGAAUGUUGAACAAGUUGUUAUGGGUCAUGUGCUAACUACAGGCCAGGGGCAAAAUCCUGCAAGACAAGCUGCUGUGGGGGCUAAAAUACCUUAUGCAACACCUGCAUAUACAAUAAACAUGCUUUGUGGGUCUGGAUUAAAGUCGGUAUUUCUAGCUUAUCAAGCAAUUAAAAAUGAAGACUAUAACAUUAUUGUUGCUGGAGGGCAAGAAAGCAUGACUAGAUCACAACAUUGUAUCUACACUAGGAGCGCCAAAAUGGGAAAUUUAAGCCUUGCUGAUACUCUUCUUCUUGAUGGAUUAACUGAUGCUUUCCAUAAUGUUCACAUGGGAAAUACAACUGAGCAUUUGGUGAAAAAGUACGGCAUAACCAGAGAGGCGCAAGACGCUUACGCGGCCCUAUCGCAAAACAAAACCGAGGAGGCCAUCAGCAAAGGUUAUUUCAAGGAGGAAAUAAUCGCUGUCCCCGACAAAAAGCUGGGCUCCAUCGAAAAAGACGAGUACCCGAAAUUCGGCACCACCGCCGCCAAAUUGGCAACGCUGAGACCGUGCUUCGAACCCGGCACCGGAAGCGUCACCGCCGGAAAUGCUUCCGGUUUGAACGACGGCGCGGCCGCCGUUCUAUUGGCCAGCGAUGGCGCAGUCAAAGAGAAGAAUUUGAAGCCUUUGGCGAGAAUUUUGGGGUUCGCCGAGGUCGGGGUUGAGCCGUUGUGCAUGGGAACCGGGCCCAUCGAGUCCGUCAGAAAAGUGUUGGCCAAGGUGGGUUGGAGUAAAGACGAUGUGGAUUUGUACGAGUUGAACGAGGCUUUUGCCGCGCAAAGCAUUAUUGUUGUGGACGAGUUGGGAGUUGAUGCGAGCAAGGUGAAUGUUACAGGUGGAGCUAUAGCGCUUGGACAUCCGAUUGGAUGUUCUGGAACAAGGGUUUUGGUCACCCUUAUAUACAAUUUGAGGCGGUUGGGAAAGAAAAAAGGAGUUGCCGCUUUGUGCAUUGGAGGUGGCAUGGGUAUUGCCACUGCUAUUGAAUUGUGUUAG